CCACAAACCUAUAGAUCUCUCUGAUGAUAAACUGAAAAUGAAGACCAUCACACAAUAAAGGUCAAAACUGAUGAUUUUGGAGUUUGAAGUAAUGGCAUAGUUCCUUCCUUCAACUAAGUUCUAUAAUAUGCUUGUUUACAAAUAAGUGGUGAAAGAAUACUUUUAUAACUACUAUAGCUCCUUUGAAGCCACUUCAGCAGAGCACCAAGCUUCUCCAAUUUUUUCACUGGGCUAAGAAUGCUGAAGAGAAUUGGUCUGGUUUUGGUGAUUGUUUUGGUGUCAUUGGCAUACCAGACAAUACGCCCUCCGCCACCUAAAGUAUGUGGCUCACCUGGAGGACCACCCAUCACUGCUCCCAGAAUAAAGCUUAGAGAUGGAAGACAUUUGGCCUAUAAGGAAUAUGGUGUUCCAUUAAAAGUUUCCAAAUAUAAGAUUAUCUAUGUCCAUUCCUUUGGUUCUUGCAGACACCAUGCAGUGGUUGCUACAACCCUCUCUCCGGAAGCUAUUGAAGAACUAGGAGUCUACAUAGUGGGAUUUGAUAGACCAGGCUAUGGAGAAAGUGACCCAGAUCCUAAUAGGACAAUGAAGAGUUUGGCUUUGGAUAUUGAAGAGCUUGCUGAUCAGCUUGGACUUGGAUCCAAGUUCUAUGUGAUUGGAUACUCCAUGGGUGGCCAGGCUAUAUGGGGCUGCCUUAAGUUUAUCCCCAACAGGCUUGCAGGAGCAGGACUCAUUACUCCUGUGAUCAACUACUGGUGGCCUUCUUUUCCUACAAACUUGUCCACUGAGGCCUAUUACCAACAACCACCACAGGAUCAAUGGACACUCCGAGUUGCUCACCACCUACCGUGGCUAACCUAUUGGUGGAACACUCAGAAGAUUUUUCCCGCGUCUAGUGUCAUAGCUCGUAAUCCUAGUAUGUUUUCUCCACAAGAUUUGGAAAUUAUGAAGAAGAGGCUUUCAGUUUCUGGUCCUGAUAUGGAAACAAACAUGCAGCAGGUCAAACAGCAAGGAGAAUUUGAGUCAUUGCAUAGAGAUAUGAUGGUUGGAUUUGGGAGUUGGGAAUUUGAUCCAAUGGAUGAUCUGAAGAACCCUUUUCCUAACAAUGAAGGCUCUGUCCAUCUAUGGCAGGGUGAUGAAGAUAGGCUUGUCCCAGUAGCCCUGCAACGCUAUAUUGCUAGUAAACUUCCAUGGAUUCACUACCAUGAAUUACCAGGGGCUGGACACUUGUUUCCCUUGGCCAAUGGAAUGAGUGAAGCUAUGAUGAAGGUGUUCCUUAUUGGAGAGAAGUAGCUUUGCUUAUGGAAUUGAAAAAUAUACAUUUACAUAUAAAAUAUUUAGAAUAAUUAGUGGCAAAUUCCCUCAUCUUCACAUUAUUUUACACAUAACACUCAAUUAUUAUUUUUUUGUCGGUGAAACCUUUCAAUCUACUAUUCCGUUACAUUA